AUGGCUUCCGAUUAUGCCAGCGAAACCAGAGGACCGCGCAUCCUGGGCGCGUUCUGGUCGCUGACCAUCCUAGCGUUGGCCGUGGUGAUCGUGCGAUUGUUCAUUCGCUUGCGGGUAUUGCGCAACCCGGGCAUAGAUGACUGGUUGAUCGUGGUAGGAAUGACCGGAAGUCUGACCUUCAGCAUUGUGUGCACCGUCGAUGUUUCGCUGGGAUAUGGGACACACACCUCGACCAUCCCCGAAGAAAGACUCAAGUCGGUCCUGCUGCUCAACAACGUCAACUUUCUGUUUGGGAUCAUGUCCUUCUGUAUCCCCAAGCUCGCCAUCGUGGCUCUGCUCGAUCGCCUGUUCAAGAUGACCAAGGUCCAUCGGUUCAUUUUGUGGGGGCUAGCCUAUUUCAAUUUCGUCGUGUCGGCCAUCACCGUGAUUAUUAUUUGGACCAUGUGUGAUCCUCCCAAGGCGCAGUGGGAUCGAUCCCUCAUGAAGCAAGGCGCCAAGUGUCGCGAUCCCUGGAUCCUGGUCAACUAUUCGAUCUUUAAUGGGGCUCUUUGCGCGUUUAUCGAUAUCCUGCUGGGUGUGUACCCCGCGGUCAUUGUGUUCAAACUGCACAUGUCCCUCCGGAAACGACUGGCCCUGUGUGCAGCCUUGGGAAUGGCAGCCAUUUCUGCUGCCAUGGCCGUCGUGAAAUGCCUCCAGCUUCCCGGUCUGGCCGACCAGGCAGAUCCUACCUGUGAGAUUCUCUCAUCCUCACCCAAAGACGAACGAAUCAUUGCUAAUAGUGUUUCCACCAAUGCAGACCACACGGCAGACCUCGUGAUCUGGACCAGCAUCGAAUCCAACGUCAACAUCCUCGCCUCCUGCAUCCCAACCCUACAACCCUUCAUCGAAAUCAUCUUCGGCCGCCGCGCCUUCAAAACCUCCAGCAACCGUUACAAGCAGCACACGCACGAGACGAACUGGAGCAGCAACAUGCGCUCGUCCGGCCCGCGCAAGAGCAAGUCGCGCUUCACCACUGUCGACAGCCAGGACAGCAUUCUACAGACCGUCGACGAGGCCGAGGCCCACAAUCUGGGCGAGAUCCGGCGAACGGACCAGGUCACGAUUGAGUAUGGGCCGCCAGCGGAUAGCUUGGUGCAUGGAGGAGAUCAUCGGGUGUAA